CAUGCCACGUGGAAGAAGCACACGAACGGCGCAAUGCAAGACGCUUCGAUUCCUUUACCUCUUGUCUUUUUCACCUUUCCUGAAAUAAUAUCUCAGAUGCACCCAACAUGUGGGGGCUUCUCAUCUGUAGCAAGGUUAGUGUUUAGUUAAGUUACUGAAACUGAAAGGAAUCAUUAGCAAUAGGAAUAGGAUGGAUAGGAUUAUUAUUCUACCAAAAGAGGCUAUCCGCCGCAUUGUCUCCUUUCUUUCUGCAAAGGAGGCUGUUUUUACAUCUAUUACAUCUAUUCUCUCAAAAAAGGAAGUUCUACCUAAGAUGCUGAGAUCGGGCUGAUCCAGCUUAGCAUGAUCUUAUCAACCGUUGUCUAUGUGAUGUGCUGAAGCAGGGCGUCUUGGAUCUUAAACUGGACAUUAUUAUCUUCCCUUUGAGUUUUUCACUUGCAAGACAGUUGUUAAAGUGGAACUGGAGGGUCGUUACGCGGCGGGUUUAUCCUAUGGGAAGGGUUUAGUUUCAUUCGGUUCAACGAUCUUCGUGGUUGUGCGUUUGAAAAACUUCUUUCUGCUUGUCCUGUACUUGAGGAACUGACCAUAUUUGGUAUGAGGUGGCAACAUCCGAAAUGGUCUGGCAAGUUGUGCAUUCCAACCCUUCAAAGACUAAUUAUUCAAGAUUUCCAUCCUUCUCAGUUUACGAGAGUUACUUUGGAUACUCCAAGUCUUACCUAUUUGGAGUGCUCCGAUGCUAUGCCGGAUGAGUAUUCAAUUGUUAAUCUUGACUCCCUUGUUGAAGCUAAGCUCCAUCUUAUGUUCACUGGCGGUCAGUACCAGUACUACAUACCCUACGAUGGAUCUGUAAGUCAUGAUCACAAUAAUUCUUCUACCAAUCCAACAAAUCUGAUAAAGGGGUUGGGAAAUGUUGAAAUCAUGGAGAUAUUAUUUCAGAAUACUUUCGUGGCAUUAUAUUACUUUCGUGAAGCAAUCCCGGUGUUUGAAAACCUAUAUCAUUUAACCAUUAGAUGUGAUGAUGAGGAGGAUUGUAUGGCAUUUCUACCAUAUUUGCUAGAGAAGUCUCCAAAACCCUAAAUGCUUAUUGGUCAAGUAGCUUACCUUAAAGAUACUCCUUAAUUUUCUCUUUUUUAUAUAUAUGUAUAUAUAUUGUUCCUCUUGCUUCAGGGUCCACUGCACUACAAUGAAGAACAACCUGAAUCUGUUUGCAACUGCUUGUUGGGAUAUUCUUUCUUGUUGUCGUGUCCUACAAAGGUCCUACAGAUAACCGAUUACCGCGGAACAAUUGGGGAGGUGGAUCAACUGAAGCAUUUUAUAGAGAAACUGUCGUGUCUGAAGUUGGUGAAACUUCAUUCUUGUGAUAGACCUGACGUAGACAAGCAACAGUUAAUGAUUCCCAGAGCUUCUUCAAAGUGCAAGAUCAAGGUCACAUUUUCCAAUUAGUUUUACUAACGCAUGCAUGAACAAAACUUUGGUCGUUCAAAAAAUACUUUGGUGGUUCGUCCUAGUUUCUCCUGUCUGUUGCCACAUGAAUCGGAUUGUGAUCACUCUUUUCUGACUUAGAUCCUAGUUACUGCGUUUAUCUUUUGUUAGAUUCCUCAUUUGUCUUAGUUUGAACUUUUCUUUCUAGGGCCUGUUUUUAUUCCGGUUUUUGUUAUAUGCUUUGUUUUAAUUGAUCGUUGAACCUUACUCUG